AUGGCCACCACAGCAGAACUCCCCUCGCAAGCUCCCGCACCUCCACCAGGCUCCUCGAACACGAUCCCGUCCGACAUCAGCUCGCUCGAGUCCCUGCUGGCGACCCUCGAUCGAGCGCGCCAAGCGCUGCCCACGAUCCUGCGUUCCUUCAGCUCGUCCACGAGCUCGAAUUCGAUCGAAGCCCUUUCCCGAGCGUACCGCAGCUCGUCCGUCGAAGCGGCCGCUGCGCUUCGAACGCUAGGCGAUCAAUUGACCGUGCUGGACCCGAUCCUCGUCCGAGCGCAGAAGAGCCAAGCGGAGGAUGCCACGGCCAUACUCGUCAAGGCCAGGGUGGACGACACUCAGCAACUACACGCGCGCGAUGACACGUUGUGGAUCCAGUUGGACGCGCUGGCACAACAUCAGCGACAGAAGCACCUGCAGCAGCAACAGCAGAUCGGCAAAGGGUUCGGCAGUCUUUCGAACCCGCGAGCGUCUCGACGAACCUACCCGCAUGAACCAGCGACGUUUGCCCCACCCCAGAAUCGACACCAGUUACACGCCAUACUGCAGGGGUGGAAGGUGCGGCAUGCCGACAACGUACCGCACUGCGAAAUCGACGAAAGUGGCAUCGACUCUGCUCCCGAAACGACCGAGAUCAAAUUCGUCCUCCGAUCCGUCAUGAAGGCCUACAUCUCGAUACAUUGGGAGACCCCGACCAAAAGUGAUGAUCAAGGCGACCCUAUAGCAAUACCUCGAGUCGAACGAGUCGCUUGUUUUGGCUUGAAUGAAACGGUCAGUGCCGAAGCGAUUCGUCUGUCGCAGCCCCGUUUGCUCACUUCCAUCCCACCUCGACCGAAUCACAGAAAUCGAGCUAUCUCGCAUCGCAAUACGUUCUGUUCCAGAACCUGACCCGAACGGCGAUGGGGCUGAUUGAAGGGACAAGAUCAACCCUUAGCGAGCCGGUCUCAGGGAUUCAAACUGAUUUGGAGCAAGUGCUGGUGCGUAGACUCUUUUGCUUCGUCCUCAAGAAAAUACGGCGGGUGUUGACCAAGGGGGAUCUCUUCGCGGUGCAGACGUUUUUAACCAAGCCACCACUGCCGUUUUGA